AUGCUUGCUGGAAUCAAAAUACAGGAAAAAGGUCUUGAACAGGUUACAAUUACAGCUGGUUAUGAUGAUCUUGGUGGAAGUAAUGUCAUUACUGGUGAGAACAAGAAGAGUAUGGAGAGCUCUUGGAUCCUGGAGAAUUUGAAGAAGAAAGGGAUUGAUGAAGAGAUAGAUAAAGAAAUACUUGUUAUUGCUAAAAAGGGAAAAGAUGUUAGCAAAGAUUUGAUGUUAAAGUUGUUGCCAAAUAAGUUUCUUAGGGCAAAUGGAAGUGGAAGUGAAGUUACUUAUGGUGAGCUUUAUCGGCUGGAAGAGUUCCUGUUGUGCCCCCUUAUUGUUUUAGAUGAUUCAGGUGAUGGUUUUACUAAAGGACUUGAAGCUGAAUUAGCAAGUUUACAUAGCAAGGGCUUUAAUGCAUCAGUUACUUCUGGUGGAUAUGGCUGGUACAUCACCUUAGAUCCUAAUGAGAAUGGUUGGGAAGUUGUGAAAAAAGGUGGGAAUGCACAAGUCAUUGGUGUGAUGAGUAAUAAGAAUGGGAAGGUUGAUAAAGUUAUCAAGAUGAUCUUAGAGGAAUUGGAGCCAGUGAUUGUAGGGCAAGCCACCAAACAAGGGUUCGAACUUGAAGAGAUGGAAGGAGAACAACAGCAACAGGAGUCACUUAAGAAGAAGUCAGAGGAGAUUUUGGUCUAUUCUCUUAAGUUAUUGAUGUUACACGUGAAGUUUGAGUUGUUUCGGGUUUACCUUUCAUUUUGGCAACCGCGCUUGAAAAGGAAUGCAAGGACGACCCAUUCUUUCCUUCACCUUGAGGACAAGGUGAAAGUUUGGGCCGUUGGUAUUGAUAAGCCCUGA